ACCCUCUUAUUAUUAAUUUGUUACAUUUUCUUCAUCUUCAAGAAAGAAAAAAAAAAGGUAGCAAUAAUUCUAAUUAUGAAGCAACAAAGAUAUUUAUCUAUUUUAUUCAUUAUCAUCUUCUUCUCCACUACAUUCAUUAAAGCUCAAGAAGUUGAGGAUGAGAGGGAGUUUGAUUAUGGUGAAAAAAGUGAAAAAGGUCCAAAAAUGUGGGGAAAAUUGAAGAAAGAAUGGGAAGCUUGUAAUAAUGGAGAAAUGCAAUCUCCUAUUGAUAUGUCACAUGAAAGAGUUAGAAUUAUUCAAAAGCCAGAUAAAAGGCAUUAUAAGCUAUGCAAUGCUACCGUUAAGAAUAGAGGACAUGAUAUUUCGUUACAAUGGCAUGGUGAUGCUGGAUCUGUUACAAUAAAUGGCACAAAUUAUCCUCUGCAACAAGCUCAUUGGCACUCUCCUUCUGAACACACCGUAAACGGCAGAAGGUAUGACAUGGAAAUGCACAUGGUACACUUAAACGAAAAUGCAACAAAUAAAAUUGUUGUGAUUGGAGUUCUCUACAAAAUUGGUAAACCUGAUCGAUUUCUCUCGAAGUUGAUAAGAAAUAUAUCGUCUAUGAUCGAUAAAAAAGAUGAAGUGAAAAAUGCUGGUAUGAUUGAUCCAAGAGAAAUCAAGAUUGGUAGUAGAAAAUAUUAUAGAUAUAUGGGUUCACUUACUGUUCCUCCUUGCACUGAAGGAGUCAUUUGGACAAUUAAAAAAAAGGUGAGGACUGUUUCAAGAGCACAAGUCAAAAUGCUUAGAGAAGCAGUUCAUGAUUAUGCUGAAAAGAAUGGAAGGCCAUUGCAACCAAAAAACAAGAGACCAAUUUAUCUUAUGGCACCAGAUGAUACUGCUUGAGAUUAUUCUAUUCAUAAUAUUUAUAUUUGUUACAAAAGAUUUUUGUUUUCUUGAUUGUUGUUAUUCUUUUAAUCAGCAAAGUGAUUGUUGUGUAAAAAAAACAAACAAGAAAAUUGCAUAAUAUAUAGACUUCUUUUUUCUCCUUCUUA